AAUCACACGGAGAAUAAUAGCUUUGCAAUGAACAAUCUACAGAGUGAUUUGAUGUCAUUUUCCUGGCAAGUUGCCAAAGGAAUGGAGUACUUGGCAUCAAAACGUAUUGUCCAUCGUGAUCUCGCUGCUCGUAACAUACUUAUAGCAAAUGGAAACUUGGUCAAAGUUGCUGAUUUUGGACUGUCCCGACAAACCGCAUACAAUGAGCAAAUCUACCAGGCGCAAGGACGACGCAAGUUGCCGAUAAAAUGGAUGUCACCGGAAGCCAUUUUCGAACAGACUUUCACAACAAAAAGUGAUGUAUGGUCUUAUGGGAUAGUUCUUUGGGAGAUAUACUCAUUGG